GUGAAAUGUUACUGUUUCCUGUUACACCCAGAGUGACUGCAAAAAAAACAGAAGAGCCUUAAGAUGAAUAUCAAUUUCAAAGCCCAACCUGAGCCUGAGCUGACACCUUAUGGGAAAGCAACUUACUUUGUUUGCAGGCACACUCCACAUCCUAAGACAGUGUGCCACAUUAAAGGAUUAAAUGAUGCCCCAAUCUGUACUGUAAAAGACCGAGGAAUCAAUGAAGGACACGUCAUUUUACCAGGACCAACAUACAAUCAGCUAUACAAGCACACAGGAAUAACUGGUGAUGCUUCUGUUCCCAGAAACACUUUGCCAAACCUACCCACGCUGAAAACUGAACAAUUUAUGAGAGAUGAGAUCACAAGAAAAAUACCAAACACCCCGAUGUUAAAGCAAAAGGAUGAUCUUAUGAGGAAAUUUCCAGGAGACCGUGCCACGGACCGCCGUCUUUCACCUGGCCAGGCGAUGCGUUACAGGCCAGAGAUCACAGAGAAUUUUAAUUAUGCUCCAACCUACUUGGAAUAUGAAAUACAAAUCCUUGAAAAGCUUCGUGAUAUUUUACAAACGGAUUCCCUUGCAGAGAUCCAAAAUUGGCUAUCAAAGGCAACUAUAAAAGAGAAAGAGUUUGUGUCAAAUUUCAUACGCGCUGAUGUGACCACACGUGAUCUGUUGAACUAUCAGCAAAAGCCAGAGAAGGAAAGUGAAGUGCAGAAUCUGAAUUUGCGGGCUCUGCUGAAAUCUCAAAAAGUUCAGAAAAGAAUACUAGAUGAAGACAACCAGGCCAGGACUUCAACCCAAGGAUCAGAAACUGGUAAAGAUUCAAGAGCAGAAAGGGGCAAACAUCAUUCACUCUCAAGUGAGAAAAUCAGAAUCCCAACGUCAGAGGAUGUACCAUUAGAAGACACUCCCAGCAGACAACCCACUCGGCAAAGUCUCCCUCACUCCCGUGCAUCACUACAAACCAGCAGUCAGUUGCUGUACAGGAAGUCCCGCUCUAAGCGACACCACCUCACUUCCAAAGAAGGAGCUCGUAUUUAG